AUUAUAAAAACAUUAAUAAAAUACUCCCAAGAAGUCCUUUGAAAAAUUCAAUUUCACAACUCUCUAUCGAAUUUCAGGGAACUAAGCAAACUGAGCUCUUCCUUUGAGAAGAUUCGUUUCCUAAUAAACACAUGUUUCUGUUGUCAUCUCGUUGGGUUGCCGCAUGUUUCAUGUUUAUUUCUUUUAUCACUGGUGAUUUUUGUGAAUUAUGGAAAGUGAACUUCAUGAAUUGCGAAGACAACUCCAGGAAAAGACAAAAGAGAUUAAUAGACUUAAUCUACUUUUACGGGAAAAGGAUGGCCUUGGCAACUUGGAUGUCACACUCCCAUUCACCAGUGCAGAUACAAAUGUCAGCCAUCCAGAUAUACCAUGUGAAACUUUAAGUAAUGCAAGCAUUGCAAGGUACAGCAGGCAGCUGAUAUUGCCAGAAGUUGGCGUAAAAGGGCAGCUGGCAUUGGCUAAUGCAUCUGUGCUGAUAGUUGGUGCUGGAGGCCUGGGGUGUCCGGCUGCACUAUAUCUUGCUGCUGCAGGCACUGGUUGUCUUGGGCUGUUGGAUUAUGAUACAGUGGAAUUGAGCAACCUCCAUCGGCAGGUUUUACACACAGAGCAACGCGUUUCAGUCCCGAAGUCAUCUUCUGCAGCCUUUGGAUGCAAUCAGCUUAACUCCACUGUGCGGUGCAUUCCUUACCAUAUGCAAUUAGAUAGUCAGAAUGCUCUACAGCUUUUAAGGCAAUAUGAUGUAGUGUUGGAUUGCACUGACAAUGUGGCCACAAGGUACCUGUUGAAUGAUGCAUGCAUCAUGGCCAAGAAACCUUUGAUCUCUGGAAGUGCACUCAGAUUUGAAGGACAGCUUACAGUAUACAAUUACCAAGAUGGUCCAUGCUACAGAUGUUUAUACCCCACGCCACCUCCCCCUGAGACUGUCACUAAUUGUUCUGAUGGUGGAGUGCUAGGAGUCAUUCCAGGAAUUAUAGGAUGUCUUCAGGCCUUGGAAGCAGUAAAAGUGAUUUGCAGUCUAGGAAACACAUAUUCUCAAAGGUUGCUUCUAUUUGAUGGUCUUGAGGGCACCUUUAGAACAAUAAAACUGAGACCCAGACAGCAAAGUUGUGUGGUUUGUGGGGAUAACCCUUCAGUAACAAAGCUUAUUGAUUAUGAACAGUUUUGUGGUUCCCGUGCCAAUGAUAAGGAACAUAGUCUCGAACUGUUGAAACCUGAAGAUAGAAUAAGUGCCAAGGAAUACCAAUCCAUAGUGAAGGAAAAAUUACCACAUCUACUGAUAGAUGUCAGAUUACCAGUAGAACAAGAGAUAUGUAGUUUACCAGGAGCCUGGAACAUUCCUAUUGGUGACAUUCAUAAAGAGGAAUGUCUGGAGAAAUUGAGGAAGAAGUUACAGGAAACUGAUGACAGUGUCCCAGUAUAUUUAGUAUGUAGAAGGGGCAAUGACUCCCAAGAAGCUGUGAAGGCGUUGAAGGAAAAGCUGAAAGAUAUGCCACACAAAUUUAAAGACAUUUAUGGAGGACUUCAUGCUUGGUCCAAACAUGUGGAUACAGACUUUCCAGUGUAUUGAGAUAAACUUUCUUUAAUUUGUUGCGACACAUUUUGGUUAAAUUACAUGAUUGGCAAGGAUUUCAUGCAUCUUGUUUAUUCCUUUGUAUGUUUGAACCAUACCAGCUUAUAUUAGUAGGAGGGAAUAAGGGCCUAUUUUUCAGGAAGUAACAGAUAUAGAAAUGCAACAAUCCAUACAAAUAAUACAAAAAAUCAAGAUGUUGGCUACCAUGGAAACUCAAAGAUGAAAUUCCUGCAACAUAUAGUUUUCAUAUACAAGCGUUUUUCUUAUUGCAAUUACCUUUAUUCUCUAUGUCAUGACAUUUUUAUCAGCUUCAGGUGGCUUGUUGUGAAUGCAUUUUUGCCAUUAAUAUUUUAGUAGUCACAUCUUCAAUUGAAACUGGUGCAAAACAACAACAAGAAGACUAGAUAGGAGAUAAAAUGCUCUAUUUAAUAAGAAAGAAUAAAUAAAUGUCAUUUUACAAAA